UUUUGCCUGCUGUUGCCUCCCUCUUGAGGCCAAACAACGAACAGCAGGCAGCGUAAAGCGACGUGGAUGUCGCGAAGGCGGAAGUUUAACGUUUUACGUUUUAGUCUGCACACGUUUGAUGGCGGCGAUUAAACCCGAAAAGGGCAAAACCCGGCUUUCUGUUCUUAUUUGUGCUUCUUAAGUUUUUAUACAGUUUAUCUGACAUUUAAGUCCUUCAUCUACAUACUGCUGCCUUCAGGCUGUAGCCAUGGAAACAGACGAGCAGGCCAGGAACCGUUUCCAGUUGGAGCUCGAGUUCGUCCAGUGUUUGGCGAAUCCCAACUACCUGAACUUUCUGGCUCAGAGAGGCAUCCUGAGGGACAGAUCCUUCAUCAACUACCUGAAGUACCUGCUGUACUGGAAGGAGCCUGAGUAUGCCAAGUUCCUCAAGUACCCCCACUGCCUGCACAUGCUGGAGCUGCUGCAGUACGAGCACUUCAGGAAGGAGCUGGUGAACGCUCAGUGCGCCAAGUUCAUCGACGAGCAGCAGCUGCUGCACUGGCAGCACUACUCACGAAAACGCAUGCGGCUGCAGCAGGCGCUCGCUGAGCAAACGCAGGCGCAGCCACAGACGGCCCCGCCGCACGGCAAUGCUGCCGCAAAAUGACGACGGAGUUGGAGUGCUGCUGGGAUACCGAGGUUAUUUCUCCAUUCACGUGAACAUUAAAGACCGUGGGGGAGGAACUGAGGUGGGAGCUGAUCAGCUGAUGGGAAGCAUCAGCUUUGAACUUCCUGUUGGGAUUUUCAAGCUAAAAUUUCUCCUGGAUUUAUGGAUGUGACUAUUUCCUGGAACUUGUCAGUCCUAUGGUCUCAGCAGGAACAGACUGAAAACAAAAAGGCAGCAGAGGUUUUCAUUUAAAGUCCCGCUGCUCAGCUGCAGAGCGAGCUCCUGCCUGAUGGGGGCGUGCUUUUAUUUGCGGCGAUCACCUGAGUGUGACUGAAGUGUUCCGGGAGAGGGGAGUGGCUCGGCCUGUUUUCAUCCUUUGUUCUAAUAAAAUGUUUGAAAUGUGAAGAGUUUGUUUCUGUUUGCGUGUUGAUUAAACCAGUAAAGUUA